AUGGGUUUCGUUCAGCGAGCUCUCUUCACCUGGUUCAUAUUACUCGUGUUUCUGGUGGUGCUCUGUUUACGGCUGGAAAAUCGUAUCUACUGGAACUGGUUUCUUGUCUUCAUUCCGCUAUGGUUGUACGACGUGAUACUGGUCGCGUGGGCCGUUAUCGAGAUCGUCCAAAGACAGCACGCCAACCGGCUGUUCUCGAUGCACCAUUACAAGUAUUAUGUAGUGGGAAUAGUGUUAAAAAUUUUCUCCCAAAUCACCAUCUGCCUGAAACUCGAGUACAAAUCGAUACCGAUGUACGUGAUGAUGAUCCCAAUCUGGAUGCUGCUGACGCUGCUUAUCGUGUUUGUCGGGACCCAUUUGCAGCCGAAACCACGGUCGAUCGGAUCGAACCGCAGCAACCGACAAUCGGCGGGCGUAUCCUCAUGA